CUAUAGUAUUAACUCAUAUUACAUUACACCAGUCUAUCUUAUGUUAACUAAUAGUUAAGCUUAAAGAGUGUUCAAGUACUAAUGUAUAUAAAUAUCAAUAAGUAGCUUCAAAUUAAUAUAAAUUUAAAUCAUUGUUAUUACAACACUAUUAUAACUGUUAUUGGGAAAGUUAUAACAAUCAGCAUACAAGCUAGUGUCUUAUUGAUUAAUAAGACAUGUAUAGGUUAUCAAUAGUUAUUUCGGCAUUAUUAUUUUCGCUAAACUAUGCUAGUGCGGAAUCUUUUGCAACAGUAGCCGAACUUGAAUCAUUCGUAAAUUGUAUAAUAGAAUCUGGAGCCAAAUAUAAUUUUACAGUGGGUAUUGAAGGUAUUUUAAUGCUACAACCAGCUAUAAGUAGAGUUGUAACAGAAGAAGAGCAUAAUGGCGUAAUUGUUGAUUGCUAUAUAAACUCAACAAGUAGGAUCAAUUAUGAGUUGUUCAGCAAUGAAGAACAACAAGAAAAUUUAAUGGGAAGUCAAACCUUGAAUACACAGGCAGUAUUAGAUAGUAAUGAAAUAUUAAUCUACGACACAUUUAUGGGUAACUCGAGAAGGUAUAAUAUGCGUGAUCAUGAAUUUGUGAAUGUAAUGGGUAUUGACAAGAAAGAUUGUGGUUUAUAUUACGGAUUGUAUAUGUCACAAAAUAAUGAUUGUCUGAGUACAGAUUUUAAUUAUUAUUAUACAACAUCGUGAGCAGUUAUGGUAGUGUGUCUUUUGAAAACGAGUCAGAUUCGCUCUACCUUACAGGUAUUAAAUGGCCACAUCAUGAUUGCACAGGCGGCAACUCACUGUCCAAAACAAUGCCACCAAAAACCUGUCGUGUGGUAACCUAUUUCUUCGUAAAGUCACUAACAGAUAUAAUUGAGCUUUAGCUCGAAUCGUCGAUUCAGCUCAACCUUGGUGCCUAGCCCAAUUGGCGUAGUAUAAGACCUACUGAGGUCCAACACCGUGGUGAUGCUACAGGUCGACUUUGGCCAAGUAAUCGUGCUUGUCUUUUACGUUAAGUUUAUUUCGUUCUCUGUAUAUUGCAUAAUUCUAU